AUGCUUCACAGGAAAGCAAGGCGCAACUACGAGAUACUUGAGAAGUUUGUGGCGGGGAUAGAGCUUGUGGGCUCGGAGGUCAAGUCUUGCCGCAUGUCCAAGAUCAACAUGGAUGAAGGCUUCGCACAAGCUAAGAAGGGGCAGUGCUUCUUGCACGGUAUUCACAUCGCUGAGUGCGGUGUGUCGAACCGCUUCUACCAGCACGAGCCCCGGAGACCGAGACGACUCCUCCUCCACAAGCGUGAGAUUAAGAAGCUCGAAGACAAGGUGGCGCAGAAGGGCAUGACCGUCGUUCCUCUCAAGAUCUUCUUCGACGAUAACAACAGGUUGAAGGUGGAGAUAGGGCUAGCCCUAGGGAAGAACGUUCGGGAUAAGAGAGAAGACAUCAAGGCCCGAGACGCCAAGCGAGACAUUCAGCGAAUAUCGAAGAACGCCUACUAG